AUGUCCACUCACAAUCGACCAAGUACCCAUAACACACGAACUGCAGCCGUAACUUUCGAUAUCAGAUUUGGAGGUGCCAUGCCCACUACUGGCGUACUCAAUGGGGCCAGUAACGCCGAAAGCAGCGCGUUCAGCGAUUUUUCUGGAAGUUUUGAGCGCGUUGAACAGUACACUAACAUGCUACAAUCAGCAAACGCUUCUUACAAAGACUGCUCAGGGGAAAUGGCUCGGUGCUUGGUAGCCACUCGAAAGGGGGUCUUGAAUGAGCUCAAAUUACUGGGGAUAGAUAGUACUCGCCCAAUUUUCUGGUUAAAUGGACCGGAUGGGAAGUCUACCCUGGCUCAGACCGUAGCAGAAUGGCGUGCAGAUGAAGGGAGGCUUGUUGCCAGCUUUUUCUUCUUCCGGGGAACAGGAAACCGAGACAAAGUAUCUCGCUUCAUUCCUACGUUGACAUUUCAGCUGUCCAUCACUAUCGAAAAUAUGGAGCCAUUGGUUAAAAACUUCAUUGCUAGAAAACCCUUCCUCGCCGAUAAGGAUGCUCGACUCAGUUAUCGAUUUGACAAUGCUGCCGUACGAAAACCGACGGUGAUACUAGUAGUCAUCGAUGCUUUAGACGAAUGCGAAAUUAGGGACGGAGGAUCAAUAAACCAGUCCCCCAACGCUGCAGUUGAAGCAUGCAUAAUGGUAUACGAGAGCCUUGGCCUUCGUCGAAGGUCCUUCGAGUCAACACUAGUUAAAGUUGUUCAGGAAGAAGAGGGCAUGCCGCAUCAAAUGCUUCUAGGUGCAUUACAGACACAUGGCCUGGAUCCUCUGUAUAUAUGUCUUUCCUCGUCAUUCAAUCCAUUCUCCUUAUUCCCGAAACCAACGACAGUCCGGUUCACUUAGUCCAUAAAUCGCUCCGAGAUUUCUUAACGACACAAUCACGCUCAGGUCUCUAUUUCACAGCCCUCCUAACUGUCACGCUUCCAUUGCAAUUGAUUGCCUAGAAAAUAAUGCAAAACAGCACGUUCACAAACGGGCUGCACUGCCUUCAAGUUCAACAGGCUGUCGAUGGUUGAAACGAUCGUCAUCCAGAUCCAUUCCUAUACGUUUCUUCUAUGGUGGACUUCACUGGCAGCGUCUGUGACUCUCGGGGUACAUUCUGUAAUCCGAAAUGGGUCUCUCAGCAAUGAUGACGCUGUUAAAGGCUUUGUCGCGAUGCCCCAAGAUUUACGGUGGGCACUACGUAGUCUCAAUAUCACACAUGCGAUAUACUCUAUCAAUAGCGACAAGAGCAGCAAACGGAAGAGACAACAAAUUGAGCAGUUAAGAACUUCAAACCGUCGCGUGCAAAACUGGCCAGGCUUUGAUGGUUGAUUUCCAGCAUCAGCCAAGUGCUCACCUAACCCUCACAAACAUCCACAGGAGGGACUUGACGAGUUUUCAAGAUCCUCGUCUUGGGCCAGAAGGACGUUUCAAGGCUUUAUCAUCUUGCCAGUGC